AUCCUAUUCUAUUCCUCCAUCUUUCUCGAUACAUUGCUCUUUCUGUGAUACAAGGUCACAAUGAGUAGUGCUCGAGUCAAGCGGCAGAACGCUUUAGCCGCUUUGAAGGCAAGACGCGAAGGUGGAACAGGAGCAGGUGUUUCAAAACACAAGAACAAUUCAGGAUCAGGAUCAGAAUCUGAGAAUGACAUUUACGAUGAAGUAUCAGAAGAUGAAUACAAAUCCAUCGUACGCGGAAGAUUGAUGAACGAUGACUUUAUCGAAGACGAUGACGGAUCAGGUUACGUGGAUGACGGACGUGACGAAUGGAAUCAACAUUCCCAUCAACAUGGUGAAGAUGAUGAAGAUAGCGAAGAUGAAAAUGAUUAUUAUGAACGUACAGGACGCAAGAAGAAGAAAAAGAAGCGUGGAACAGCAACAGCCAAGAAAGAUCGUUUACCAGCAACCAAUCAAGCUGGAAUGCCGUCCAUGUAUGCAAAACGAAAUGAUGGAGGCGUACCACUAGCACAUUCACGCAUUGCCAAUACAACGAUCGAUGCAUAUAGACCUGCUGUCAAGGCUGAAAAGGAAGACGAUUUCAUGAAACGUCUUAUGGGCGGAUUAGGUGACAGCGAUAGUCCUGACUUUGACAGUCCUACACCAAAGAAUCGCUUCUCAGCCGCUGCUCCUGAGAUCCGUAAACGCAAACAGGAAGUCGAGGCCCCUUCAUUCACACGCUUACGUCACAGCCCUAUGAGUCCACCAAGCAGCGAUCCGUUGGAUCCACCAUCAGAUGGUCUUCAACCUGACGUGCACAUCACUGGCAGCGAUACACCUCCAUGGUCUCGCGGCAAGAAUGAUAUGAGCGAUGACGGCGAUAUACCCACUGCAAAGAGAGUGCGCUCAGCUUCGAAGAAGAUCGGAAGUAUGGGCAUUCAAGAUGAAAAGGAGCAAGAUUCACAUCACAGAAGAUCUAGAUCACAAUCUCGAAUCGAUCCUGACUUACUGGCUGCCCUUGAUGAUGACAUCGAUAUGGAUGACGAUGAAGCCGAACUGGGACUCUCUAUUCGUGCACCAAAUGCAGCAACAUCGUCUAACGGUCACACAGUUCGCGUCAAUGCAAGCAGUGUUCGCUCAAAGCCAGCUGAGCCAACGCCCAUCAAAGUGAAAGAAGAACAAGAAGAAGUGAAGCCGCUCGUGUCCACAUCACCUUCAUCAGCUGAACCAUCCAAGCCUGUCGCAGUGCUCAAAGAUACUUGGAAAUCAAUUGGUGCCAAGUUGGCAAAUGUGGAAGAUGCAUCUGCAAGUCCUGCUGAUGCCAAGACCGGUGCAUCUUCUCUUUCGUCUACCUCCAAAGUCAGCCCAUACGAGCCUGAUGGUCGUCAUGUGCGAUUCUUCUGGACUGAUUAUACAGAACAACAAGGUAUAAUCUACUUGAUUGGUAAAGUGAAAGACCAAAAGAGCGGCAAAUUUGUUAGUGCUUGUCUUCAAGUCGAGGGUGUUGAGCGUUGUGUAUACCUCUUACCCAAAGAAGGUCAAACAGAAGAUGAUCUAUACGAUGAAUUUGACGAGAUUCGCAGCAGGCACGGAAUCAAGUCCUUCUUGUCCAAAUGGGUACCUCGCAAGUACGCAUUCGAAAUUCCAGAUGUUCCAGCAGAAGGUAAUUAUCUCAAGGUGAAAUACGGUUUCGAUGAACCACAAUUGCCUUUGGACUUGAAAGGCAGGACAUUUUCACGGGUCUUCGGUGCAAACACAAGUGCAUUUGAACUUUUCGUCGUCAAACGUCGUAUCAUGGGUCCUUGUUGGCUUGACGUUGAAAGUGUGGAUAUCCGUGAUGCAGGCUCUACUCCUUUGAGCUGGUGCAAGAUCGAAUUGAGCGUUGAUGAUGCAAAGUUUGUCAAGCCAUUUGCUGAUACAGACCAGAACGCACCUAGAGAAGUACCACCACUAACCGUGAUGAGCUUGUCAAUCAGGACUGUGGUCAAUCACAAGGAGAAUAAACGUGAAAUUGUCGCAGCAGCGGCAAGGACAUGGAAGGAUGUUCAAAUCGAAGAUCCCACUCCACCGGAGGAUAUGCAAAGCAGUCUCUUCUCUGUCGUACGACCGUUGGGAGAUCAGUUCCCACCAAACUUUGAACGUGAGGCAAAGGCAGGCAAGACAAAGAUUCUGACUGUGAAGUAUGAACGCAUGCUGUUAAACACUUUACUUGCCCAAAUUCAACAACAGGAUCCGGAUGUGAUUGUGGGUCACGAAUUCAGUGGUGUCACUCUUGAUAUCCUACUUCAUAGAAUGCGUGAUUUGCGCGCAGAUCAUUGGAGCCGAAUUGGUAGAUUGCGAAGACAGAAGAUGCCAACGCUCAAACAGGGUUUUAAUCUGCGUAACGCUUCUGGUCGACUGAUCUGCGACUUGGCAAGUGAUACAGCAAAGGGUAUGAUCACGUCCACAACUUGGUCUUUAACAGAAAUGUGUGCAAGUCACUUGAAAGUUCAACGAGAGGACAUUGAUCCGGAUGAUACAGCUUCUUUCUUUGAUUCAUUGGCUCCUUCCCCGGAAAGAUUGAUCAGCUUUGUUCGUCAUAACGAAGUGGAUGCCUUUUUCCAAAUGGCAUUGGCAUCCAAAGUGCAAAUUCUUGGAUUGACGAAACAAUUGACAAAUUUGGCAGGUAAUUCUUGGUCAAGAACUUUGAACGGUGGUCGUGCAGAACGAAACGAAUUCAUUUUAUUGCACGAAUUCCAUCGACAGAAAUACAUUUGCCCCGAUAAGCUUAACAAAAGUGAAAGGGAACAACUUGCACGUCAACAACAAUUGCAACAACAGCAAGAGGAGGAAGAAGAAGGAGAAGGCAAAGGUGCAGUAGUCAAAAAAGACAAAUACAAGGGUGGUCUUGUCUUUGAUCCCAAGAAAGGUCUUUGGGACAAGUAUAUCCUUGUGAUGGACUUCAAUUCCCUGUACCCUUCCUUGAUUCAAGAGUUCAACAUCGAUUUCACCACCGUGGACAGGAAAGACUGCAAUGAACGUCCUGAUGAUGUGGAUAAGAUGCCAGAAAUCCCUUCGAGUGAUGUCAGUCAAGGUGUUUUGCCAAGAUUGAUUUCCACUUUGGUGCAAAGAAGACGACAAGUGAAAGGAUUGAUGAAAGACCGAAAUGCAAGUGCAGCAAAGCAAUUGCAGUGGAACAUCAAACAACUUGCCUUGAAGCUGACUGCAAAUUCCAUGUAUGGUUGUUUGGGUUUCGAAGGAAGUCGUUUCUUCGCUCGUCCAUUGGCAGCUUUGACCACAUUCAAGGGCAGAGAAGUCUUGACAGCCACGAAAGAAUUGGCCGAAAGCCUGGGACUCGACGUUAUCUAUGGUGACACAGAUAGUGUUAUGAUCAAUACAAACGUCUUGGACUUGGACGAAGCAAAGCGAAUUGGUAAUGAUUUCAAAAAGGCGGUGAACGAACGUUAUCGUCUAUUGGAAAUCGACACUGAUGCUGUAUUUGAGCGUAUGUUACUGUUACAAAAGAAGAAGUAUGCUGCCAUGAAGGUUGAAGAUGAUGGCAAACGCAUCACCGAAAUCAAAGGUCUGGAUAUGAAGAGACGUGAAUACUGUGCAUUGUCCAAGAAUGUUUCAAAUUACGUACUGGAGCAGAUCCUCUCAGGUCAGGCAACAGAAUCUGUUGUUGAACAAAUUCACGAAUAUCUUGAAACAGUUGCUCAGAAUAUGGAUAACGUUGCGUUGGAUGACUUUAUCAUCUACAAGAGAUUGUCCAAAAAGGUGGAAGAAUACAAUGAACAGUCGGCCAAGUCAUUGCCACACGUCCAAGUUGCGAAACGGAUGCAAGCUAAAGGUAUCACUGUCCGAAUGGGAGAUGUGAUCCCAUACAUCUUCUGCACAUCAGAAGAAGGCACGAGCUCCAAGACAGCUCAAGCUGAACGUGCAUACCAUCCUGACGAUCUCCGAAGGAAGGAUUCCGACUUGAAGGUAGACAUGCAGCAUUACCUUUCACUGCAAAUCCUUCCGCCUGUCGAACGUCUGUGUGAUUCAAUCGUGGGAACAGAUCGAAGCAGACUUGCAGAGCAUUUAGGUUUGGAUGCUUCCAAGUAUCAAUCCGUUUCGCUUCAUUCAUCUGCAGAUGAUCGACAAUUCGUCACGCUUGAUAGUCAAACCCCUGACGGAAUUCGAUUUGCUCAAUGUGAACCUUUGUUGAUCAAUUGUCCGGGAUGCAAUCAAAGCGUCAAAUUUUUGGGUAUUCCUGGCCUGAUGCAAUCAAGCAAACCUGGUGACAAGGAAGCAUCUGAUGCUUCUCAUUCUUUGACACCAAUGGGAAUUGCAUGCCCACAGUGUGAACGCCAAUGGGGCAUGGCAUACCUAGCCGUUCAGCUUGAAACGACAAUUAGACGUUAUAUCGGUCAAUAUUAUCAAUUCUGGAACGUGUGCACAGAAUCAAGUUGUGCCACUGCCACACGUUUACAAGGUAUUUCUGCAAAGCGUUGCUUAGUAUCCGGCUGUCACGGAAAGGUGAUGGUACAAUACGGCGAUAAAGCUUUGUAUGAUCAAUUGUGUUACUUUGAAUCUUUGUUCGACGGAGAAAAGGCAUUGAGUAAAGCUCGAACAAUCUUACAAAACGCAAUGACUGGAAAUGACGAAAAAGAAGAUCACAAGAAUCCAAUCGCCGUCAAUGCAUCAAAGCAGAUUGAGUUGAUCCAAAGUCGUUGGUUGAUCGGAAGUCCAACAAGAAAUGCUUUGCAGACUCUGCUUGGCUGUGUGACAAAGUAUACUGCCCAAUCAGGUAGAAGAUUUGUCGCACUUGAAAAUCUAUUUGGCUGGAUGAAGGUCAAUAGUCAGUCUUAAACUUUUAUGUCAUUCUUAUAUGCAUUAUAUCAUAUCACUUUCUUAGGAAGUUCUGUAUUCAUGUCUCUCAAUUUUGCA